GUAACCCCUAAAGAGAAGGCUGAACGUACAGUAUUCCCAAAUCCAGCUCUUGCAAGUUCUACGCUUAAAAUUUCAGGACCCCAUAUUUCUCAAUGUUGUGGCAAAAAGCUUAACACUACUGGAGGGUGGUGUUGGAUGUAUUAUGAAGAUUAUAUAGAACAGAAUUCAAAUGAAGAAUGGAGAAAAAUAGAGCUUAAUUCACGAAAAUUUAAAGUUUCGUCACUAGGGAGGGUUCGGUUACCUAACGGUUUAAUCUCCCGAGGAUCUUUGGAUGUUGGAUAUCUUAGAGUAUCUCGAGAAAAACAUUAUGUUCAUCGCUUGGUUGCACUAACAUUUUGUCCCAAAGAAGAUGGCAAAGAAUAUGUAAAUCAUAAUGACGGGAAUUCUACCAACAAUAUAGCGUCUAAUCUUGAAUGGUGUUCACAUAAAGACAAUAUACAUCAUGCCAUGCGUCUGUUUCAACGUGUUGUCAAGCAGAUUUUCGAUAAUGGUUCUAAUCGAGAAUUUUCAUCCUUAGCUGAAUAA